AUGAUAAAGGUGUUUCUAGUUUUGUCAGGACAAAUGAAAUGUCUGUUUUGUGAUGGAGCUGCUGACAUAUCCGACUGUUUAACCAGUAUAAUUGAUUGUGGAACCAGCGAGAGAUGUUUCCUCGAAAAAGUCACAACGAAGAAUCUUAACUAUGUAUACAAUGCCGGCUGUCGCUCUGCUGCUGUUUGUAAUAUCAUGGACUCUCUAUCGUCUGGUGCUGGAAGAAAAAAGAGAGAUUUAGUCAACUGUGCAAAGUGUUGCGACACUACCAAUGGCGCCGAUCCCUGUAACGCGCGAUUGUGUGGAGCUGGAGCAAAUAUAACUCAAGUCAGCACCUGUGUGGUAUGCAAUCAUCUGGUGCCAGGAUUUAGUUCUUGCACUGAGAGACAAGUAUGCCAAGACACUGAGAUCUGCAAGUCAGCAAUCCACGUUGUAGGCGGUUUGAUUAGAUAUGAGUUUGGAUGUGAAUCACUACAUUUAUGUCAAGCUUUCCUGGAUAACGACGGCACGACUGUGGCGCCAGCUGGAAGGAGAAAUACUGAGUCAGAAGGCAUUACAAUAUGCUCGGCCUGCUGCCGGGGUAAAGACUGCAACCGAGAAGACUGUUACGUUACUCAUAGCAAAAUGACAGCUGAUAGUCUCCUGCCACCCACGACGCCAGCUAGUGGUUGA